AUGGAGGUGACAGAUUUAAAUGAACUGCAGGAGCUACUAAAUGUGCGAGCUAUCAAGAUGGAGCAAGGCGAAAAUGGUUUUGAUGAAAAUACCGUAGAGAAUUCAGAUCCGUUGUCAAUAAUUCCUCAAUACGUUAGUGAAUCAGACCUGGGUUUAAUAAACUCGGGCGGAGAAAUACUACAGACACCUUUAGCUGUGUUCUCAGACACGGCUGAUGAGGAUGACACUAUGCAGAGUACAGAAAGCAGCGAAGAAGUGAUUGUUCAACUGAUGGAUAUAAGAACUAGACUGUCUCGCCUCCGAGCAAUGCUGGAAAGAAGAUUAGGAGCAGAUUUAUCUGAUUACACCUUCUGGCUACAAAAUGCUAAAAUGCUAGAAAACCAUAAAACUUUAGUUGAACAAUGUAUACGGGGCGAAGGUGUGGUCCAAGUGAACAUACAGAUCAGAACGGCUGAGAGGAAGAUCAACAUCCUGGACGUGUUGAAACCUGAUGAAGAGCUGGUGCAGCUGCCACACCAGACUGAUGAUCAUCUCCUGGACCCGGAGGUGGCUACAAUGUCGGUCCAGGAGCAGAUGGUGGAAGACAGUGCGGGACAGCCCCACGCAGCCACAGUCAAGUGGGUGGUGGACUCGACAUUCAACACUGAGCAUCGGAGCCGGGUGCCUGAUGAUCCUAAUGACUGGUCAGUUCAACAUGUAAAGCUUUGGAUACAGUGGGCUGUCAGGCAGUUCAACCUCACCGGUGUCAGGCUCUCUGAUUGGAACAUCAGCGGUGCUGAACUUUGUACUAUAACUAAUGUUGAGUUUAAAGACAAAGUACCAUCCGACCCUGGAGAUUUGUUUUGGACCCAUUUCGAGCUGUUGAGGAAAUGCAAAUUCAUUGCCGUUGUACAGACCGACGGGAGUCAGCAGGCCAAAGAUCCUUUAGAAGUACCUCAAUCAGCUAUUAAGAAGAAGCCAAAGCAGAUAGUUGUGCGGCCGCCGAACGAGGAGGAUAUGACGUCAUACGUGACGUCACGCAACGGCAACAACGGACAGAUCCAGUUGUGGCAGUUCCUGUUGGAGCUGCUCACCAGUGCAGAGUACUUCCACAUUAUACGGUGGCAUGGCGGCGAGGGCGAGUUCAAGCUGCUGGAGCCGGAGCGCGUGGCGCGGCUGUGGGGCGCGCGCAAGCACAAGCCGGCCAUGAACUACGAGAAGCUCUCGCGCGCGCUGCGGUACUACUACGACGGGGACAUGAUCGCCAAGGUCGCGGGCAAGAGAUUUGUGUAUAAGUUCGUAUGUGAUCUGAGACAACUGCUGGGCUAUGGCGCCGGUGAGUUGGCUGAGCUGGUCAAAGAAGUUCACGAGUCGUCCAACCCGGAGUACAAAUUUGUGUCGGGAUAG